CAAGUAAAUUUGCUAACUUUAUUACAAUUAUUCACCAAGCUUCCCCUCCAUUUUAUCAUGCAAAUGCAAAAGCAAGAUCAGAUUAGAGCUCUGUCUGAUCUUACUACUUGCAGAUAAACCAAAUAUUCACGUGGUCCACUUUUAGCUCAUUUACGAGGUUGCUACAGGUAUAUCCAUGAAACUAGAACCUAGCAUGGAACAGUCAGCUUUUGGAAGUUCAAGAAAGCCAGAUGAAGCAGAGUUCAAUUUGAGAGAAUGGGCUCUUAAGGCUAAACUUAGCAGAGAAAAAACUAAUUCAAGAAGGUACUCAGCAUCUUAUAUUGGAAGUUUCAGAGAAAAUGCAAAAUCUUUUAGAUCAAAUGUCACAAUUUCAAGCACUGCUUCUUCUCCUGGCUACACUUUAAGAGAGGAAAUUGAUCCAUCAAAAUAUUCUUUUACCACUGCCCUGAAAGCAUUACAGGCAAAAACAUUAUAUAAUUGGGAAUACAUGUCACCAGAUGGCUUGGUUCUCAAUUCAAAAUGGAAUGAAGCUGAGAAAUACAUAUGCAAUCCAUUGUCAGGGGAAGUUCCUUUGGAGUGUUUAUCUACAAAAACACUGAAUGAAAGAUCAUUUCGCCAAACAAAUAGCAGAAUUACUAUCUCAGCACCUCUCAUUUUUCCUUGUCAGAUUCAGAGUACAGGACAAUUUCCAACAAAAUACCCUGCAAAGCCUUCUUUCCCUACACAAGAUGUUGAAAACCAAAUCCCAAGCAAAGUUUUAGAGAAGAAAGAUGUUAGCAUAACAAGAGAUAUGGGAACACAAAGCAUACCAGCUUAUAAUUAUGUCAGUUCUAAUAGUCCAAGUCCAGUUCCAACUCCAUCAAUUGAAGAAAUGUCUAUAAAGCAAAGUGAAGCAGCUGAUUCCUCACCUAUGACUACUCCAGAACUAAAAUCUGAGGAAGAGGUGAAAGUGAAAGAAACAGGAUCAGGGGAAGAAGACACGAAAAGAAAUGAGGAGCAGUUGCUGCAGGGACAGAAAAAGAAAGUGAAGCAGAUGUGCAGUAGGCAAUUAGGUGGGUGCUUGUCUUGGAAGAGUUUGUGGUUGAGAAGAAAAAGAAGGCAGAGAGAGAAGCAUAAAUCAAGAAGCAACAAUAUUUUUCUUUGCCAUAUUAAUGCAUGCUAUAAAGAAUAAACUGUCCUUUUUUUGGGAUAGAAAAAUUCUCUUUCCAUCAUAGAUUCUACUAGUGCACCUACCAAGGAUUUAAUUCAUAUAUAUUGAUUGAUAAUGUAAAAAGUUCUAUAUUAAUAUAUGUAUAUUUUAAGGAGA